AUGGUGACAGAGUACUUUGAGAUCCAUAAGCAGCCACCCAAGAUCCAAAGGAGAGUAGUUCCGACGUGUUGGCUACCUCCAUCUAAAGGUGUGUUUAAAGCCAACUUUGAUGCAGCUUUUUUUGGCAACUCGGGUAUGGCAGGUAUUGGAGUUGUUGUUUGCGAUUGUGAGGGAGAAAUAAUUGUUGCCCUUAGUCAGAAAAUUUGUGAGCCUCAUUCAGUGGAUGUUACUGAAGCCUUAGCAUGUAGUAGAGCAGUUGCUUUUGUAAGGGAGUUAAGUCUUUUCUCUGUGGUUGUUGAAGGAGAUAGCUUGCGGGUUGUCCAGGCAAUCACCAACAAAAGGGAGAACCAAACUUUUUUUGGACAUGUGAUUAAAGAGAUUCAUGGUUCAUGUUCUAAUUUUACAAGGAUUAGUUUUCAACAUGUUAGGAGGGAGGGCAACAAGUUAGCUCAUGCCCUUGCACGAAGAGCAGUUUUAUCUGCUGACACUGAUGUAUGGGUGGAAGAACUACCGCUGAUUUGGAGGAUGUAUUCCAAAUGGAUUUGUUUUGAUUAA